AUGAAUCCAAUUUCCUCAACUGGGUUCGAGCAGUUGGGUGCUUUUGAGGCUGUUGAGGUCGAAUCUGAUGAUGCACGGACGAUUUGGGCAGACAGUGUUAAGAAGAAGAGGAAGAAAAAGAUGAACAAACACAAGUAUAAGAAGCUCAGGAAGCGUCUUCGUCGAAAGUCCAGAGCUUGA